AUCUUGAUGAUAGUAGGUAGUUGGUAUCGAUACAUGUGGGCGUUAAGUAAACUGAACUUAUAUGAAAUUGCAUUGCCACACACAUGUAAGUUUUUCCAUGCAUGAUAUAGAUCCGUUGGUCGAGCCAAUCAGAAUAGUGCUUUUUUAUGAUCGGUACUUGUCAUGAAAAUUACUGAUUAGAGUUAUCGUGGACUAAUAAAUCAUUGCGUGAUUAGCUAUCUGCAAGUGCAAUGUGAAAAGAGAAACAGCAUUGUGGCUCUUCUGUGGUUGUUGAAAAAAAAAUCUACUGUUUUGCUACAAAAACGAUUCUAAUGUUUGAAUGUUUCAAAAAUGACAACAUUCAUAUUUAUAAAAUAAAUGAGUUGCAUCACCGGCAAAAUAAAAUGCCCACUGGCUUGUAAUUACGCUAAUUGGCAAACAUCGUUUGUGAAUACGGGAAAUUCUUUCGGCCGUCCUCCGCCCUCAUAUGGCAUGCAUGACUUUGCUGCAAUGUGUUACUAUCCGGUCCCGUACCCAAACCGAAAAAUGCAAGAUUUGCCGCCUCCAUCGUCCCCAUCAGCGUCGUCGUCGUCCUCGGAUGGCAAUGAAGUAAACCGUACACGGUCGGAAUUAGUCCUCCAAGAUAAUCUAAUCGGAGGCUGCUGGCAACACUGCAACAUUGAUGGUCCCUUCCCGACCAACAUGGUUCGCGCCGGCGUGGACGCCGACGGAUCGGUGAUCUUCGCGGGUCGCGCCUUCCACGAGGGCGAGAUGAUCCCGGCCAAGGUGAUUCCAUCGAAGAAUGCCUGCUAUAUCUGCUACGGUGGCGAGGAAAUCAUGAAGGAGGACUUCGAGGUGCUCCGCCAGGGCGAUUUCGUGUGGGAAUUUGCUGCGAACGGUGUCGUUCCGGAUGGUGCCGUCAAGAUGGGAGCCACCGUCGAUGGCGAACCGCUAUACAUGGGCCGUGCCCUGCACUGCGGAACGCAGACUCCCGGAAAGGUGCACUCAUCGCACGGCUGUCUCUAUAUUCCAUUCGAGGGCGCCGAGAUCAGCCAUGCCGAGUACGAAGUUUUGUGCCUGAAGUGAAAUGGGCCGUUCGAAGCAUACUUUAUGACGGGAUUUUAAGAGAUUUUCGUUUGUGAAUAAAUAUAUUUGUGUUUUUUUUUUGUGGAAUUCUAUAAACUA